AAGAGAUGUGAGAUCCAAUGUAUCAUUGAUGUUAGUUUUGUUCUGUAGUUUCCAUUCGAACACCGAAGAUGUCCAGUGUAUCCACGACAUUCCUAAAUGUGAUGAGAGCAGUAACAGUUUAUCCCAGCCUUAAAAGCCGAUUCAAAAUCAUUUGGAAACAAAGACCGUACAUGUUGCAAUUAGACAAAAGGGGUUGCUUGCUAAGGACUUAGAUACCACACACACUAAGAUAUUUUUGGAAAUCCGUAAGCCCCAACCAAAACCUUUCAUUAGUGGGCCUUAUGAAUGGGUUGUGAAAAGCCAAGUAUUUCCUAAAACGACGCCGUUUCGAAGUGGCGCAUACCGGUUCCCCUUUCUUUAGACCUCUACUCUCUUGCGUUUCGCGGCAAUGGCGGCGGCUACGGAAAAUGACGACAACGACAGCCUCGCUAACCACCUUAAACCAGAUUCCGAACCGGCUCCGGUCAACCUCUCCCCUCCCCCUCCGGCGGAAGAGAAGCCUCUCUCUAAGAACGCCCAGAAGAAGCAACUGAAGCAGCAAAGAUACGAAGCGAAGAAAGCGGAGAAGAAGGCGCAAGAGAAGGAGCACAAGAGGAAAGAAGGCGAGAGAAAGCACAAGGAGUGGGAAGAGACGCUAGCCAACGCCACCGAGGAAGAGAGGCUGAAGCUGAUAGAGUCGAGGAGGAGUCUCAGAAAGGAGAGAAUGGAGAAGAGGUCAGAGGAGAAAGAGAAGAAGAUGGAGAGGCUCACGAAAGCCAAAGAAAUCGGACAGAACAUCGUCAUAGAUGUCGACUUCGCGCAUCUCAUGUCCGAGUCUGAGAUCUCCAGCCUCGUUCAGCAGAUAAUGUAUUGCUAUGCGGUGAAUGGGAGGAGCAGCUCUCCUUGUCAUCUGUGGCUAACGGGAGUUCAAGGGGAGAUGAGCACUCAGCUUGAUAAGCUUCCAGGUUUCGAGAAAUGGUUUAUAGAGAAGGAGAGUAGGUGUUAUAUUGAGGCCAUGGCUGAUCGGAAAGAGAAUCUGGUGUACCUUACUGCGGACUCUGAAACCGUUUUAGAGGAUCUUGACCCCAAGGAUAUCUACAUUAUUGGUGGCUUGGUGGAUCGGAACCGGUUCAAAGGGAUCACCAUGAACAAGGCACAAGAACAAGGCAUUAAAACAGCUAAACUUCCUAUAGGAGAGUAUAUGAAAAUGUCCAGUUCUCAGGUUCUCACUGUGAACCAAGUUUUGGAGAUACUCGUUAAGUUUCUGGAGACGAGGGACUGGAAAACAUCUUUCUUCACUGUGAUUCCACAGAGGAAACGAACUGGAGUUGAUCCUGUAGUAGACUGUUCGAAACCGGAACCUCUCUCUGAAGAGCAUCAAGAGGAAGAUGAUCUUCUUGAGAGGAAAAAGGUAUGCGUUGAAGCUCCUCUGGAAAGUGGGAGCUAGAUGAAGAUUAUGCAUAUCUGUUCUGUAGCUGAGAAUUUGAAUUUUGAAUGUUUUAAGUCCUUUUAUCAAUACCAUUAAAAGAUG